GCGUUGCCGUAGUGAAUUCAUCUGGUUUCACAGGGUGAGGAGAUUCAGCCUGUCGGGGCUUAGUGGAGAAAAGUUGCUUUAAUAAUUAACUGAGAUAUAACUUUCGAGAGAUUUAUGUCCUUUCUGACAGCGGCAUUAAGCAGGUAGUAGUUAGCAAACCUCAGAAGCUGUUUCAAAUUAAGGUCUUCAACCUUUAAAUAAGUGAAACCGGAAACAAGCCAAGCCGAGGCGGAUCCUGGUCAAAAAUAUUCAUACGGCUUCCAGUGAGGGAAGUCCUGGUUGAACUGGUUCCUGUUUGGUCGGGUUCCAGCCAGUCCGUCGGUCCGGUGGGGCCAGCAGCUGCAGCGCAGCAGUUCUGGACGGGACGGGCCUCAGGAUGCCUCUGUUCUCCAGGAGGAGGAAGCCCAGCGAGGAUUCCAAGAAGAGGCUGGAGCAUCAGCUGUACUGGUCCAACCAGGAAGGAGCCGACGACAUCCUGGAUGUCUCAGCCUGUGAGCUUACAGAGCUGCCGACCAAAGUUUUCUCCAUCUGCAAGGUCCAGCAGAAGAAGGUGCUGAUCCUCCACACCAAUGAGCUGAAGUUUCUGCUGCCUAAAGGAUGUGACAUCGGUUGCCUAGCAACCUUAAAGGUUUUGGAUCUGCAUGAGAACAAGCUGAGCUCUCUGCCAGAGGAGAUCGGGACCCUGACCAAACUGCAGAUCCUGAAUGUGGAGAAGAACCGUCUGAAGGUUCUGCCGGACUCCGUCUGCAGGCUGCAGCUGCUGCAGACGCUCAACCUGAAGGGAAACUGCCUGACGGAGCUGCCGGCGGCCAUCGGCUCCCUGAGCAGCCUGCGAACCCUGGACAUCAGCGACAACAACGUCCUGCAGCUGCCCAAACAUCUGGACAUCCGCACCUUGGAGAGCUUCACUCUGGAUGCUGCCAGCAUGACCUACCCACCUGCGUGCGUCUGCGCAGAGGGAACAGAGAGCAUCCAGCGCUACCUCUGCGACGAGCUGGGUGAGGAGUACUGCGCUCCGUCUCAGUACCUGCUGCCGGUUCUGGAGAGCGACUGCAGUAAACCCGGUUCUGACUGUCUGGACGGGUUGGAAGAGGCCUGGCAGAGCAAAUUCAGCGACUAUGAGAGGAGGAAGGAGCAAAAGCUGCAGGAGAAGCUGGCGUUCGAGCGCCACCUUGAGGAGAAACACAGGGAGCACACCCAGCUUCUCCUCAUGAACAAUUCCCACAAGGAGAACAUCCUCAACUCGGUCCGACAGGACCAGCAGCGCGUGGAGCUCGGGUUCAGCCAGCAGCAGAGAGCGCAGGAGGCUGAGAGGCAGCUGGUUCUGGAGCGGGUCCGGCAGGCCGAGGACAACAUCAGCGGCCGGAUCAGCAGCCUGCUGAUGGCCAACAGCAGGCAGAAGAAGAGCGCAGAGUUCCUCCAGGCCAUGGAGGAGGACCGGAUCCGCAUGGAGCAGCUGACGGCCGUCACCCAGGAGGAGGCCGGAUCCCUGAGGAGGAGAGAGGUGGCAGCCGCCAUGCAGAAGAUGCUGUCAGACGGCUACGCCAUGAGCCUCCUGCAGGAGGCCAGCGACAGCCGCCGGCAGAGCCUGGUUUCUGAGGCGCACCGCAGCCUGGAGUCUCUGGACAGGAAGUUCGACCGGAUGCUGUCUCUCCAGGUUCUGGACAAGUCCAAGGCCAUCGCUCAGAUCCUGCAGGAGGAAGAGAUGCAGAAAGCUGCGUUCCAGGCGCUGCAGCUGCAGAAGGACGCCGUCCACGGCUACAUCCGCAACCAGAUCAAACUCAUUGAGGCCGAACUCAUGCAGCUCACUAAGCUGGAGGUCAAGAGGCGGAGCCUGGACGCCGAGAGCCUGCAGGAGGUCCUGGUGGAGCAGCGCACGGCGCUCAGCGAUCUGCUGCAGCAGCUGCUGAAGCAGAGGGACCAGCGGGAGCAGGAGCUGCGGGAGGUUCUGGUGGAGAUAGAGAAGAAGUCGGACUCCACCCAGCAGAACUACUGGAUGAUCCAGUACCAGCGGCUGCUGGACGCCAAGCCGCUGUCGCUCCGGAUGCAGGAAGCCGGUCUGGAGACGGAGCUGGUGAACCUGCUCUGCAAACUGUCGGCUCAGCACCACCUGCUCCUGGCCCACCACCACGUCACCCUGGAAACGCUGCGCCACAUGACGGCGUCGGACCUCAAGAAGCUGGGUGUUCAGGAAGCCGGGAUCCAGAAAGCUCUGCUGAACCUGGCCCGGGACCGCCAGCCUGCAGGAACCAGCAAAGCAGAAACCCCGACAGGUCUGACUCCGCCCCCGUCUCCUCUGCUGCCCAGCACCGCCACCGCGCUGACCCCGAGCCCGCCGCGGUCGCCACGGACCCCAGGGACCCCUGGGACCCCCGUCACGCCCUCCGCCCCCACACUGGUGGAGGGACCAGGCAGCUCAGAGUGUGUGGUCUGCAUGGAGAUCGGGGCUCAGGUCGUCUUCCUGCCCUGCGGUCACGUCUGCUGCUGCCAGGUCUGCAGCGACGCCCUGCAGAACUGCCCUCUGUGCCGCAGCAACAUCUCCCAGCGCAUACGGCUUUACCAGAACUAGAACCGGACCGGAACCGGGCCAGAACCGGACCGCUCCCUGUGUAUUUAUGCAUGAUCCUCAAGCUGCUGAGGAAACAAGUAAAAACUGUCAACUGGUUUUAAAGAUCCAUCAACAGAACCUUGAGACGAGUUUCUGUCUGCCGCUCGGUUCCUGUGGAUUCUGUCUGCGGGUCGGAACCGGGCCGGUUCUGUCGGUGCCUCUCAUCAUGUGAAGCUUUGUGUGUUUUUAGCCAAAGUAGCAGCAGACGAGUCGAUGUUUCCACGCAGCGGCGUCUCGCCCUCAGGCUGGGUUUAGCAUAAAGGAUUCCUCCAUGUUUGUUAUUAUUGUUACUUUAUGAGUUUUAAAACAAUUAAAAAGUUUUAAUUAACUCCAAUCAGCAGCCUGAGUCAGAAUAUUAAAGCACUUUAAACUUAUCUGUUUAUUAAAUUGAUUUUAAUAAAAAAUAUAAAAUAUUUUUAAAACAUGCAGUAAAUC